UCAGUUAAAAGGAACAAAUAUCAACAAUGACUUCAUUUACAUCAAAGAUAGAAUGCUGCUCGUUUGUGCUGGACCAUGUAGGGAUUUUAUCUUUAUUGGGUUCAUGGCUGCUAUUCACAGGAUCAUGGCAAUAAGACUGUGCACAUGAAGCUUAGCAUGAUGUUUUCCUAAUGGAACAGUUGCUGCGGAAGCCACUGUAACUGGAAGAAGGAUUCUUCCAGGGAUUACUCCUGGGAUUAUACAAAACACACACACUGGUAUUUCUAUCAUUAUGGGGACAUUCCAUAAGCGUGAUUGCUUUUAUACUUAUACUGUAUAACUGUAUAUUCUAUCCCCCUACACUACCCAUCACAGAAAACUUUCUGCAUUUGUAGAUUGUCAAAAAAAAUAAUUCAUUAUAAGCUUGUUUCGUCAUGGGGACCUUAAAAAUGUGUCCCCACAAGGUAAAGAUUUACUGGUAUUAGUAUACUUGUAGAGACAUUUGGUCCCCAUAAUAUAUGGAUUACACACACACUCAAACACAAGCAUGCACACAUCAAGACUAGAGUUCCUGGAGCAGGGAGGAUGCGGAAUCCUUCCUCUGGUCCUGUGUGCUGGCAACAUCUGGCCCACAUCUGUUUGCGAAGGAUUUAGCUUCACUUAAGUUGCUUUUUCCAACCAGUGCUUCUUUACAUAGUACCAAAUUAAACUAGGACCAGUGCAACCAAGUGACUGCAUUUUUGCAUUGUGAGUGCUACUAGCAUAUUGCUGGACACUGACAGCUGUGCUCAGUGUGUGAUGUCCUGUACAUAGUACAAAGAAUAUACAAAUUAAAUUUGUGUAUUCUAUGCAUAUACUGUACAUGUUUGUCACCAUUCUUAAGAUUCAUGAAUGUUAUGCUGUUAUUUUGUUUCAGAGUCAUUCAUUUGAAAUGUCACAGUCUUGUUGGGGGCACACAGAAAGACUUUACUUCAUUUUAUUACAUGUAAGGCAAGUGUAAGCCACUCCAAUAUACUGAAUUCAUCCCUCACACAAUAAUGCACAGCAUGCCAAUGGAUGUUAAACCUUUAAUCCCCUGAGUGGCGGAGUGAGAGCCUGGAUUCCUAUUCCUGGUGCCGGACCGGAAUUCCGCUAGUGUACAGUUUAGAAGCUGUCACUAAGAUAUGUCAUUACAGAUUUAUGUUUGUAUUGUGGAUAGCUACCCAGUUGCUUUCAUUUUAUUAUUAAGAAAAAAAAAAAAACAUAGAUUGCAUAUCCUAAAGCUGAAAAUGCAUUUUCUUAUUAAAAAGGGUUCGGUUAUGUCACUAUUUUGAUUUAAUCUAUUGUGCAGAGAUGACAGCUGAAAAGCAUUUAAAGUGGUAGUGACAUGAUUGUUAGCAUGGAAUAAAUUUGAAAGUGACAUAAUACAUUGACCAUCCACAAUUGAAGCAUAGAGAUGUCACAACUGGCAAGGAUUUAAAAGCAUAGUAUUCAAAACAGUUGUACGCUCUAUUAUUUGCAUCAUUAUUGUCAUAAUGUAUUUUGUAAUUGAUUUUAAUCAUUUUGCUUUUACAGGCCUUUGUUGUGCAUUUGUUUCCUUUCAUUUAAAGUGGUCUAAAACGUGUUUGUUUUCACUAGAAGGUUUGGCACUACUUUGAUUGUACAUCUAUAAUUUGCUAAGUUUUCAAUUGUGGUCAGUUUCCUUGUGGUUAGCUGCACUCGUUUUUUUUUUUCUCCCACUUAGUUUGGUUUAGUAGCCUAUGUGCUGCACUUCCAAUCUGCAUUACUGUAAUCAGCCACAAGAGGAUAGUCUAUCAUGCAUUUGAACUAGCCGAGUUCAUGCUCUCACUAACCCAAAAAGGGAGACACAACACUGUCAUAAGAACUUGAAAAUAUGCGAUUUAGUUCGACGUGUUGUUUGAUUAUUAUUAAAACUGAAGUGUGUAAUUUCUUAUAUGUUAAAAUACUUUAUCCAAUAUUUAGAGACAAUAAUAAGCAAUGCAUUUUAGGCUGAUGUUUCUACUAUAUUGCUUUGUGGUGCUACCAAACUUUCGAUCUCGACAAGCGAUCUGAGAGUGCGCGAGGAAGGGGGAAACCUGUUUGAAACAAUCGCCAUUUUUAAAAAUUGUUGUUCAAAACAGUGGAGCAAAAACACUUCAGCUUUAAUGGAACUCGUUAUUUAUUUAUUAGUAUUUGAUUGAAUGUCACAAAAGACUUCUAAAUAAUCAAAAUUUGACUUGCCUUUGGCGUUUUUUUAAGUGUAGCAGAUACUGAACUUUCUAGAGAGAAAGUCAGGAAAAAUCUCACAACACGCACAGCAAAGCCAGAGAGAAAGGGCUUGUUUUUUCCUAAAGUGCGUGGGCGACUGAGCUGCCUGUGGUGAUAAAUGUCGGCGCUGUCUCUCAAAUAUUAUACUGCAUAUGUGCACCUGCUCAGACAUAACAAUGCGAGGACAAAGUAUGGAUAGCCAUUUCUCCAGCUUUAAAGAAGAGUCUCCGUGUUGAAUGUGGCACACUGCACGGAGUCAACCUAAAACAUGUCCACCAAAUUGUUCCUCUACUUCUUACUUCUGUCAGUGUUUCGUGCAUGUUCUCAAACAGCCGCUUCUGAGGAUGAUGAGUAUGACGACGUUACUGUGAAUCAAAUGUUGGCCCCCAAAACCCAUGAGACAGACGCAACGCAAAUACUAAACAACUUACUAAAGGAGUAUGACAAAAAACUGCGUCCGGAUAUUGGAGUUAAACCGACAGUCAUUGAUGUUGAUAUCUUCGUUAAUAGUAUUGGACCUGUGUCAUCGAUAAAUAUGGAGUACCAGAUUGACAUAAUUUUUGCACAGACAUGGAUGGACAGCCGGCUCAGAUAUAACAGCACUAUGAAAAUAUUGACUUUGAACAGUAAUAUGGUUGGACUCAUUUGGCUACCGGACACGAUCUUCAGAAAUUCCAAGAGCGCAGAUUCACAUUGGAUUACUACACCAAAUCAGCUUCUUAGAAUAUGGAAUGAUGGGAAAAUACUUUACACUUUGAGAUUGACCAUAAACGCAGAAUGCCAGCUGCAACUGCAUAACUUUCCUAUGGAUGAGCACUCCUGCCCACUCAUCUUCUCCAGCUAUGGAUACCCACGAGAUGAAAUGAUUUACAAGUGGAGGAGGAACUCAGUGCAGGCGGCUGAUCAGAAAUCAUGGAGACUUUACCAGUUUGACUUCAUGGGCCUGAGGAACACCACAGAUAUAAUUAAGACAACUGCAGGUGACUAUGUGGUGAUGACUGUAUAUUUUGAUCUAAGCAGAAGAAUGGGAUACUUCACAAUUCAGACCUAUAUCCCCUGCAUACUUACUGUGGUACUCUCUUGGGUCUCCUUUUGGAUCAAAAAAGAUGCAACUCCAGCCAGAACAGCACUAGUUUCCUGCUUUAAGUCCAUGUCCUGUCCUGGUAAAUGUCACUUUUGUCAAGGAAUAACAACAGUAUUAACCAUGACAACUCUCAGCACGGUGGCACGGACAUCACUACCCAGGGUCUCAUACGUCACAGCAAUGGACCUUUUUGUCACUGUCUGUUUCCUGUUUGUUUUUGCGGCUCUCAUGGAGUAUGCCACGCUAAAUUAUUACUCCUACAGUGCUAGCAAACCAACCUGCAAAAAGACAAAAAGAUCGAACUACUCAGUACUGGCUGUGGGUCCUCCUCCCACAGUUAUCACGCUCAACAACUCCAUGUACUGGCAGGAGUUUGAUGAUGCCUGUGUUUAUGAGUGCCUGGAUGGAAAAGACUGCCAGAGUUUCUUCUGCUGCUACGAAGAGUGCAAAGAUGGAGCAUGGCGAAAGGGCCGUCUGCAUAUAGAUAUUUUGGAACUCGAUGCAUACUCUCGUGUCUUUUUUCCCACCUCUUUCCUACUGUUCAAUAUUGUCUACUGGGUAGGCUACUUGUAUCUUUAGCAGUCCCACACACAACACGACGCAAAGGACUUGACUUUUGGUUCUGUCAGAGCAUAAACAAGGAAUAGACUGAACCAGGACUUUCAAGGUACAGUAAAAAAAGAGUGGAUACUGGUUUUCAGAGUUGAGCUGUGGUAGUACAAGGACUUCUCCAGAAGAGAGAUGAAAAUUAAAAAUGAGACUACAGAAACCGAAAGCUACAGCAGACCUAUCGAAACCCUUAAAACCAGGCUGUUUUUAUAUGGUCAGGAAGGAUAUUUCCACAAGCUCUUCAAGGAGUUGCAAUUCUCUGGCAGAGAUAUUUGCCUUUUGUUCUUCAGGUACCAGGGGGAUGAAAAGAUUCACAAAGUUCCUCUCACACAAUCUUAUCUUUUUAUGGUUGAGAGAGCAACUGGAAGAAGUCAAGGUGUGAAAAAAUCCUUAGGCCAAGUCAGUGUGAGAAAAUAAUGCCUUGCAUAGCAUGUGACCCUCUGACUUUUGGUGUCUCUUACAAUCCUGGUAGAUCGUUCACAUGAAUGGAAACCUGUCAUCUAGCCAUCAGUCAAAACCAGACCGGCUUUCAUGUAAGCGGAGCUUUCAGAGCCAUCUAUAGUGCCUUCCACUGGAGGAGAAGCCAUCAGGCAGAGAAAUCUUAGAAAUGAUGGCAGGAGCAUCAUCUGGUCUUGACUGACCGCUGAUGGUUUUGUUUUGGAGUUUCUUCAACCUUUAGUUAUAGUCACCCAUUAUUUUAAUGCAUUCAACAUGUCUAAACCCAUUGUCACUGCAUGUUAUAGUAUUAAGCUCUACCCUGAAUCAGCACAAAAAAGGCAAGAGAGUAGAACCAUUUUGAAAGAUUUGGAAUAUUAAUUAGUAUGUAGAUUGCAAAUGUUUGCUUAUAUUUCUAGAUUUUUAUAGCAUAAUUUUUCCACACAAAAGAGAGGUUAUUGAAAUAUUAAAUUAAUAUAUUAUACAGUAGACUAUAUUUUAUUUUGAAAUGCCUAAAGUCUAUUAGCAUCAGUUUAUUAGUUAAAAAGUGCAUGCAUAGAAUGUAUCAUAAGUUCCAUAGACUCUCACCCUUCAGUCUAGUUGGCAAAAUAGUUGCCAUCCAUGUCUACGCCAAGUACAGCAAACGCAACACCGCCCAAAUGAAAUCAAGGAAAGUGAGUGUCUCCGGAUCUUUAUGGACACAUUUGCAUUUGCAGAUUUUAUUAUUCUGUCUAGGUCUUGCAUCUACAGACCCAAUGAUAUGAUAUAUCGCAAUACAUUUGACACCUGUAAGUUCAUUUGAAAAGUACAAUUCUGUCAUCCUUUAUUCACUUGCAUAUACAUUUUCCACUCACAGAAUACAAAAGUUAUUUAGUAGAAUGUCUACUGCAUUUUUCCCAAAAAUAACAAUGGGUUGUGCUAAAAAAAACAAAACAUUUUGGCUGCACUUUGUUAAAUCGUUAGUUCACCCUAAAAUGAAAAUUAUGUCAUUAAUGACUCACCCUCAUGUCGUCCC